UCAACCUAGGGACUUGCAAAUUAAUAAAGACUUCGUAAUGAGUAUAUUUUGGGCAUUUUACUGAAUAGUUUGCUAGUGGAGUUCCCUAGUAGACUAGGAUUUCCUCGUCGUGACUUUUAUUAUUGAGGAAGCUACAGGUCCACGAGUUGUCAUAUUACUGCCAUAAAGUGUAGUACAGAGUGAAUUCACUCUCGGGAGCCUACGUCAAACUGAUGGUCACGGCCAGCAUGCCACCACCACAUAGUAGAGGAAAAGAUGAUCUUACCUUGUUUUAUUUUUAAAAUCUUUAAACUAUACUGAGUUUUGCAACAAAUAAAUAGAGUAUUUGUAAAUUGCUUUUUUUAAUACCGUCGGUUGCGUAAACGGUUGUGUGUUUCGGUUCGACAUAUGACAACCGCAUUAUGCUCGACUCAUCUCUCAACUUUAGGCUGCGGAGGAAAGGAUGCACCUUGGUUGUAGUUUUAGGUGUUAUUAAUCUCUUAGUGGCUUUAUUUUAUUUCAUGGGUUACUCGAAUGGGUUCUCACCAAACCAACAUAUACAGACACAGACGCGAAUUGAAACUGAUUUUAUUACCGUGACACUUCCACCGGAAGAUAUUGGACAUCACGACCUUAAUAACAGCUUUGUAACAUUGCAAACUCCGAAGCCUCACGGUAUACACUUACCCAAUACAACUACUACAACAACUAAUAACACUACUACUACUACUACUACUACUACUACAACUUCGUGGAAAAAGUUAGAAAAAUGUCCUGAUCUGUCUCCACAUCUUGUUGGGCCUCUCAGGGUUGAGUUCUCUACGCCUGUCAGCUUGGAUACAGUGAGGAAGGAGAACCCAGGCCUGCAGGAAGGAGGUCGCUACAAACCACAUGACUGUGUCGCCCUCCAAAAGGUUGCUCUCAUCAUCCCCUUCCGCCUUCGUGACGAGCACCUCAAGUUCUGGCUCUACUACCUCCAUCCCAUCCUUCAGCGCCAACAGCUGGACUAUGGCAUCUACGUCAUCAAUCAGCACUCUGCAUGUCUGCAACCAAUCACAUCUCAGCUAAAGUAUGGUUGGGUUAUUCCAAUGCUCGGUGGCUUUCUUCUUCUCUUUCUGCUUUCUUCUUCUGAGGAUGGAGACAACACGUUCAACAGGGCCAAGCUGAUGAACAUUGGCUAUGCUGAGGCCCUGAAAGAGUAUGACUACGACUGCUUUGUGUUCAGUGACGUGGACAUCAUCCCCAUGGAUGACCGCAACACCUACAAAUGCUUCAGCCAGCCCAGACACCUGUCUGUCUCCAUGGACAAGUUUGGCUUCAAGUUGCCCUAUAACCAGUACUUUGGUGGUGUCUCAGCGUUAAGUAAGGAGCAGUUCCUGGAAAUCAAUGGCUUUCCCAACAACUACUGGGGCUGGGGUGGUGAAGAUGAUGACAUUUUCAACAGGGUGAGCUCUAGAGGAAUGUCCAUCUCUCGUCCAGAUAGCGAGGUUGGAAAAUGCCGGAUGAUCCGUCACGAAAGAGACAAACUGAACGACCCAAAUCCUCAGAGGUUUGACAGAAUACAACGCACAAGACUGACGAUGAAUACCGAUGGUAUAAACUCUCUCAAGUACGAAGUCGUCAAAGUGGAAAAGGAUCCUCUGUUCACGAAAAUCACAGUAGAUGUGGGGAAACCUUAGUGAAAGUGGAUAAAUGUGAGGAGUUAUUUUGCACAUCACUUAUCACAUGGUGGUGGGCAGAGAAAGCACGGCGGAACCAUGGAAUACAAUACCAAGAAUACUCUGAAUUCUCCGGGAACACGGGCAUUUAUUGUGGAAACAAAUGGACAGCACUUGGAUGAAUGGGAUGGCACAACAAGACCUUAUAAAUAUCAGAGUGGAUCAAAAUGUUUGGUCAACGUGUUUGACUUCUAAUGGCAGUACAAAAGGGGAGGGGCGUGGGCCGAAUAAGUUAUUUUGUACAUCAUUUGUAAUGAGUUGCCUUUGUGUAAUUCAGUAAGGGACAACUACUUGAUUUAAAUGCGUAUAUCAGUUUAAUAAAUAUGUAUAUAGUUAAUACAAAUUUUAUACAUUUGUUUCUUUCUUUUUGCAUUUUUGGCAGAGAUAUUUGAGAUGAUUAUGGUUUAAUAUAUUUUGCAGAAAUGUUUCCCAUGUUUGAAACUGUGUGAAAGGUCAUAAUCCCGAUCUACAGCAACUGUUGGUUUGGUUACUUAUACAUGUUUCCCAAAACAUCAGUUGAUACACACUUGUUUGCUGUAUUCUGUCCAUUCACUACCUGUGACAUGAUCACUUCCAUGCUUCUUUACAUUCAAAACCUAUUCAGUACCUGUUACAUGAACGAUCACUUCAAUGCUUCUUUACAUUCAAAACCUAUUCAGUACCUGUCACAUGAACGAUCACUUCCUUGCUUCUUUACAUUCAAAACCUAUGCAGGUACCUGUUACAUGAAUGAUCACUUCCUUGUUUAUGCCCUGAGGAUACAAAUCAGCCAGGAACAAACAUACGACCUACCAUCGCGAUGGUGUAGGUCAGUCUCAGUCCCCGCCCACUUGGCUUAUCUUAAAUGUGUGAAAAUACAGGUGUGGUGGACCCAACCUGUCACUGUGUUUCAUGUGACUGAAAGUAAAAGCCUAAUGUCUGGUGUUCAGUCAUUGGAAUAGAACAGGGAGAAGUUAUUAAGUCAAAUAAAAAGUUUUACAUUUGAAUUAUUCAAAUAAUUGUUCUAUUGAAUACGUUUGACUUUAUUCUCCAGUUGGGCUAUUGAAUACAUUUAUUAGAAUUAGAAUGAUUGGAGUACAUGUUUUUAUUGAGUUUAUUUUAUUUCAAGUCUCAAGUUAAGGACUCCAAAAAGUGCCUACAGACCUAGUACUGUGUUUGAUUUUCGUCCUGUUACAAGGAAACCAGUAACGUAUAAGUAAUUUGUGCUUAGUCAUUUUAGCUACUGUUGCAUCAAUAUGUUUUGACCAUUUCAGUUUACAAUCCAGGGUUACACCAAGCAGUUUAGUUUCCUCAAUUUGCCCAGAUAGGUUGUAUUUAUAUAUAUUUCGGACUAGCUUAUUACCAGUCAAUCCUUCUCAAACUGACUGACUGUAGCUCUUUGUUAAACGUUGCAGGGAUUUCACUUGCUGUGGGAACUGACGUGUAUAAUGUUGAGUCAUCAGCGGACACACUGGCUUUACUCAAGGAUAGUGGUAGGUCUUCAGUUAAAAUAGAGGUAUGCCUAACUCUACCUGGUUAUCGUCAGAGGCAAGCAUUUAAAAACACCCUCCGUGUUCCGUAACUCGAUCCACAAACUGCCGCUUAUCUUUUCUUUGGAUUGGUGGAUACAUCUCAUUAUUGUAAUCUUCUUAAACGAGGGUCGUUGACGUCAACCGCCUGUAUUCAAUAUAGAGACUCCAUGAUACUAGCCUAAUUUCAUGAAUAUACAUAAACAUCUCUAGACAAC